AUGAAGUUCUCCAUUGCUGCUAUUGCCACUAUUGCCGGCCUGGCUUCGGCCCUCCCCAGUCAACCCGAAGCCCGCGCAACCACGAUCCAGGGCUUCGACAUCUCCAACCACCAGAAGAGCGUCAACUUUGAAGCUGCCAAGAAGGAUGGCGCGCAGUUCGUGAUGAUCAAGACUACUGAAGGCACGACCUACAAAGACACCGUCUUCAACUCACACUACACUGGCGCCACCAAGGCUGGCCUUCUCCGCGGUGGAUACCACUUUGCCCGCCCUGACAAGUCCACCGGCAGCACACAAGCCAAAUUCUUCCUGAAGAACGGCGGCGGAUGGAGCAACGAUAACCGCACACUGCCUGGGAUGCUGGACAUCGAGUACAACCCCUACGGAGCGACAUGCUACGGCCUCAGCCAUUCCCAGAUGGUCGCUUGGAUCCACGACUUUGUCGACGAGUACCAUCAUGCGACGAGUCGGUGGCCUAUGAUCUACACCACUGCAGACUGGUGGAAUCGCUGCACGGGCAACGCCAAGGGCUUCGGCGAUAAGUGUCCUCUGGUUCUGGCGGCGUAUAGCAGCUCUCCUCCCAAGACGAUUCCUGGUGACUGGAAGACAUGGACGAUCUGGCAGAAUUCGGACAAGUAUGAGCAUGGAGGGGACUCGGAUAAGUUCAAUGGCCCGAUGACGCAGUUGAGGAAGUUGGCCAGUGGUUAA